GUCUUUUUUGAUGGUUCACCUCGUGAAAACUUUUUGUCAAAAGAAUGGAUAGAUCCAACCAAAGAUAAAUCCUUAUACCAAAACGUUACGAGAGCAAAUGCGGUAAUUGUAGUGUUAGUUAGGAAUAACGAGAUUCAUCAAAUUAGGAGUUCCAUGAGACAAUUUGAAGAUAGGUGGAAUAAAAAAUUUAAUUAUCCAUACGUCUUCUUGAAUGACGAAGAAUUUACGGAAGAAUUUAAAAGGUUAACAUCGUCGAUAACCAACUCACAAACACAAUAUGGUUUAAUACCCAAGCAAAUGUGGAGUUAUCCAGAUUGGAUUGAUCAGGAGAAAGCAGCCAAAGCGAGAAAAGAAAUGGAAUCAAAUAAUGUUAUAUAUGGUGGAUCCGAAUCUUACAGACACAUGCUGGAACCUUCCGUAGAAUUUAUGUGCGAUGUUGAUUAUGACCCAUUCUUGUUCAUGAAAAAGAACAAGUUGAUCUAUGGAUUUACCAUAACUAUAUUGGAAUUUGAAGCUACCAUUCCCACUCUUUGGAAAACUGUGAAAGAAUUUACGAAAGAGUAUCCGCAAUACGUUGCCAAGGACAACAUCAUGAAUUUUAUAUCUAACGAUAAUGGGGAAACUUAUAAUCUGUAA